AUGGCCAGGGGAGGUGCCUUGCUCCUGGCGCUCGUGCUGUUACUAGUACCUGCUUACCGGUCGGCGCGGCUUGGCAACCAACCACCCCUCUUGGCGGAUUUACGCGUCCAAGCCAAGCCUGCUGUUGGAGGGCUUUAUGAUCUGGCGUUAUCUCUCGAGCUGACCUCGCAAGCUUUCCGCGUCGAGCUAGACGUAAACAUCGGCGGCAUUCAAAUACGGCACACAGCCAGCUGUCCGUGCAGUCAAACGCCGGUCAACGUGGUCGUACCAGCCGUCCCCAUCGCGCCUGGAGAGUACAAGGCCGUCGUCGUCGCCAAGGCAGAUGGUCAUCCCCCGACCAUUCUUCACACCAACCAUAUCGUUGAGAACAACACUCAAGCCAUCAACUGCACCGUCGCGGACCUGCGCGAUGGCAGCAUCAUCUUCAGCGCAUUGCUGACGGCGCCGUCGGAUCAGCCGGUCGAAGACUUCAUCGGCGCCAUCAACACCACCACACCCGCUAGCCUCUUCUCCGAGACCUUCCGGGACACGUACAGCAUCACCGACGUGGAGUCUUUGGACUCAAGCCUUUCCACCGGCGGAAUCAUCGCCGUCGCCGUUGUCGUACCCGUCGGCACCAUUCUUCUCGCUGCGGCCAUCGCCACCGCCGCCAUGUACCGCAGACGUCUGAGCCGUGCAGAGCGGUACGCCACAACCGAUGCCGCCGAAGCGGCGGCACCGUCCGGGCGCAGCGGCCGCGGCCCAGCGGCAGCUAGCGCAGUGGCGGAGGCAGUGGCGCCAUCAGAGGAACCGCCGUCGCCGGCGGCGCCGGCAGCGCCGGCAUCGACGCCAACUGCGGAGCGAGCAUCCCUGUCGUAA